AUGGCCCGCGCGGAGAAUUCCAUAGUCGAGGAGACUGCAGACGAAGACGAGGUCUCAUCGUCACCACCACCGCCCCGAGACGGCUCAGCUAUCAUGAACGCGGACGCGUAUAUCGACCGCGUUAAUGGGCCGCAAUCCGACUCAGACUCGGACUUCGAUGUCAAAAUCACAGGUACAGCGCCUUCUACUUUCGCGAAGGGGAAACGCAAGGCGGGAGAGCGGAUUAUUCUAUCGGACGACAGCGAGGAUGAUGUCUACGAAAAGUUCAAGAACAGAAAGGAAUUGAAACGGAGACGCGUCGCAGCGACGAAGAAGAAACUGAAAGCCAAGGAAAAGCAGAUUCUGGAAAUCAGGGAGCAGGCGAAACAUGGCGAGCCGUCGAAGCAGAAGAAGGAGAAGGUAUGGGGGGAUGUGUCCGACUACGAGAUGCUGAAUGAGGACAUACCCGAGUACAUCAAGGAGCGCCGAAGGGAGUUCGACCGCGACUACGAGAAAUACCAUGAGGAUAGCCUGAAAGUACCCCCCCGCUACGAGGACAUCGAUUUCUCCGACGAUGAACGGCUGGCCGAGCUUGCGGAACGUCCUGAUUUCCCUGAUACUAUGGAGACAUCGAGGGAGUACAAGGACAUCGAGCUGCCGCACUCUGCCGGAGUCAUACCUGCCUCCAUUGCGCAGUAUUUAAGGGACUAUCAGGUCACAGGUGUUGGGUUCUUGCAUGAACUUUUUGUGUAUCAGAAAGGUGGUAUACUUGGAGAUGACAUGGGCUUAGGUAAAACAGUCCAAGUUGCAGCUUUCUUGACGGUAGCCUUCGGGAAAACUGGAGAUGAACGAGACGCUAAGCGAAUGCGUAAAAUGAGACGUUCGCCAUGCAAGCCAUGGUACCCGCGUGCUUUGAUUGUGUGCCCAGGGUCUCUGAUGGAGAAUUGGAAAAACGAACUAACAAGAUGGGGGUGGUGGCAUGCUGACAUAUUUCACGGUUCUGUCGCAGCAAAAAAAGCUGUCCAUGAAGCAGCAAAGUCAGGUCGUCUGGAAGUUGUAAUUACAACCUACAAUACAUAUAGGAACCAUAUGGACGAGCUAAACCAGAUAAAAUGGGAUGUUGUUGUUGCUGAUGAGUGCCACCAACUCAAGGAGCCAUCUUCGGCUACGACUCAGGCCAUGGACCAGAUCAACGCGUUAUGUAGGAUCGGGCUGACCGGAACUGCAAUCCAAAACAAGUACGAAGAGUUCUGGACUUUGUUAAAUUGGACCAAUCCUGGGAAAUUCGGCCCUCUGUCGACUUGGAAGACCAGCAUUUCUGAUCCCUUGAGAAUCGGCCAGUCUCACGAUGCUACCAACCAUCAACUUAAGCAAGGAAGACAGAUUGCGGAAAAGCUACGUGAUAACUUGUUGCCACAAUUCUUUUUACGCCGUAUGAAGUCUCUCAUCGCCCAUCAACUCCCCAAGAAGACCGACAAAGUUGUGUUCUGCCCUCUUACGAAUCUCCAAAAAGAAGCGUACGAACGCUUCCUCGAUAGUGAAGUUGUUGAUAUUGUCAGAACUUCAUCUGAGGAUUGUGAUUGUGGCGAGACGGGUAAAAAGCGCGGUUGGUGUUGCUUUUCUACUCUACCGGGAACCAAUACCACCUGGAAAGCCAUGGUGUUUCCUAUUAUCAACCAGCUCCAGAAGCUGUCGAAUCAUCUAGCUAUUUUGCUACCCAAUGACAAGGAUCCACCCGAGAAACGGAACAGAGAUCUUGACAUGCUGAGAGACAUGCUACCAGACCACUGGGAUACCCUUUAUGCGAAUCGGGGAAACCUUGCAACCCUCUCAAAUCCGGAAUUUUGCGGGAAGUGGGUGAUUUUGAAGAAGCUCCUCAAGCAUUGGCACGAGCAAGGCGACAAAGUGUUGAUUUUCUCGCAUAGCGUGAAGUUGCUCAGGAUGCUCCAACAUUUGUUCAAUAACACUGCCUACAGCGUCAGUUUCUUGAAUGGUUCGAUGCCAAAUGAUCAACGACAAAAAACAGUUGACGAUUUCAACACGGACCCUAACCAGUUCGUAUUCUUGAUAUCGACAAAGGCAGGAGGCGUCGGCCUGAAUAUUACUAGUGCGAAUAAAGUCGUGAUUUUCGAUCCGAAUUGGAACCCAAGUUAUGAUUUGCAAGCUCAGGACCGAGCAUAUCGCAUCGGCCAACUACGAGAUGUUGAAGUUUAUCGCCUGGUCUCUGCCGGCACAGUUGAAGAGAUUGUAUAUGCUCGUCAAAUAUACAAGCAGCAGCAGGCCAACAUUGGUUACACUGCCUCAACUGAACGUCGAUACUUCAAGGGUGUCCAGAACAACAAGGACCAAAAAGGCGAGAUCUUUGGUCUGGAUAACCUCUUUGCCUACCACGCGGAUAAUAUUGUUCUUCGGGACAUCGUCAAUAAAACCAAUGUUGCAGAAGCCAAAAAAGGAAUUGACAUAUUGGAUUUCAAUGCCGAAGACGCAGCGAAUGAUGACGAUAAUCCUUUAAGGUGUGACAAUGAUGAUGAUCCCGACGCUGCUAUGAGUCAAUUGGCUGCGCUUCUAACAGAAGGCGAUGAUUUAACAACAAGAAAGAACGCAAAGUCUCGAGCGAAGGCGGAUCCGAUCCAGGCCAUUUUAGCAUCCGCAGGAGUGGAGUACACGCAUGAAAACUCCGAAGUCGUGGGAUCCUCUAAGGUUGAAGCAGAGCUCAGCCGUCGUGCAAUAGAAACCGGAAACGAUGUCGAGUAUGGAGAGCGGAGGCUCUUCGCGGACUCACAAGACCUGACAGCGGGCCCUGGAAAGUUUAACCAUGUCUACAACCCCCCGGAGGAUGUGAUGGCCCGACAAUUCUGUACGAUGGCGAAAGAAUUUGGAUUUUUGACCACGGACUUCGCUCUCUUGGUUGAAGGCUGGACCCAGAAGGAGAGGACAUAUUGUCUGGAGAGAUUCUAUCUGAAGCGCCAGGAGAGACUUUCCGAGCUGGAGCUUGGGGCGGCUCGAGUUGACAGGGUGAAGCAGAUGGAAAAUGCUGCAGCAGAUUUGAACACGGACUCCGACCUCGACGCACUUCUUGGUUCGGAUUCAAGGGUCGAGGCAGAGGAAGCUCGGCCUGGGACAGCGAGCCAUGGUAAUGAUGUAGAGUACGAUGUCGAGACCGAGGAUGACGAGAACGAUGACGAGUUAUGA